GUGACGGUGGUGAAGGAUUUCGCGCGAGAGCCCAAAGCAGUGUCCGGUGUUUCCGGUCUCCUGUGCUUUAAUGUCUGUUUAUUUCUUCAUAACAUUUUAUUUUAGAUUAAAACCAAACUUUAAGUUUGUUUAGAAGUGAAACGGAAGUCCCAGUCAUGUUCUCAGACGUCAUCUUGCCGAAGGAGACUCUGCUCCGUCCUCCGAGCUCCGACGCGCCGGUGUUCGAGCGAGAAGAGCCGUCCUACUCCGGCUGCUCGGAGUGUUUCCGUCUCGGAGAGCGCAGCUUCAGCCGUCAGUACGCUCACAUCUACGCCACACGCCUCAUGCAGAUGCGGGAGAUCCUGAGCGAGAGAGCGCAGCAGAAAUGGGUAAAGGCGUGUGUUUCAGGUUCGGCCGUGCCCAUCAGGAAGCUGUGUGACCUGCAGACGGGAGAGAGGUGUGUGAUCGUGGGCACGCUGUUCAAACACAUGGAGCUGCAGCCGUCCAUCCUGAAGGAGAUCAGCGAGGAGCACAACCUGCUCCCGCAGCCUCCUCGGGCCAAAUACAUCAGCCAAUCAGACGAGCUCAUUCUGGAGGACGAGCUGCAGAGGAUCAAACUGGAGGGCAAAAUCGAAACCUCCAAGUUCGUUACCGGAAGUGUGAUUGCUGUCCUGGGUGCAGAGAAAAAUGACGGUAAAUUUACCGUGGAGGAUUAUUGUCUGGCUGAUCUGCCGCCUCAGAUGCCCAGAGAACCUUUAAACGCAGACAGGUUCGUGCUCCUGGCCUCGGGUCUGGGUUUGGGCAGCAGCAGGGCAGAGAGCUUGCUGGGACUGCAGCUGCUGGUCGACACGGUGUCGGGUCACCUGGGCGACAUCGGGGAGCAGAACGGCGCGGCGUCCAUCUCUCGCGUCCUGUUGGCUGGAAACCUGCUGAGCCAAAGCACACAGGAUAAAGACUCCAGCGUGAAGGCGAAGUAUCUGACGAAGAAGACGCAGGCAGGAAGUGUGGAGGCCAUCAGACUGCUGGAUGAGCUGCUGGUUCAGCUGGUGGCCUCCGUGGCGGUCGACGUGAUGCCAGGAGAGUUUGACCCCACGAACUACACUCUGCCUCAACAGCCCCUGCACAGCUGCAUGUUCCUUCUGUGCGGCUCGUACCGAACCCUGCACCUCGUCACGAACCCGUACCAGGCCAUAGUAGACGGCGUCCGUUUUCUGGGCACAUCAGGACAGAAUGUGGGUGACAUUGUGAAGUACAGCAGCAUGGACGAUCACCUGGAGAUCCUGGAGAACACGCUGCGACUCCGACACCUCGCUCCGACCGCGCCCGACACGCUGGGUUGUUACCCGUUCUACCAGAAGGACCCGUUCAUCCUGAGUGAAUGUCCUCAUGUGUACUUCAGCGGAAAUGCUCCCAAGUACCAGUCUAAACGUGUCACAGGUCCUGAAGGUCAGGAGGUCCUGCUGCUGACAAUCCCAGAAUUCAGCAGUACGCAGACGGCCUGCCUGGUGAACCUACGCACGCUUGAGUGUGAGCCGAUCAGGUUCUCCGCUUUCUCCACUGACGAGGAUGAUGAGAGUGAGAUGAACGUCAGCCACUAAACGUCCACAGUGCAAUUUUUUUUUCUUAGAGAAACUUGAGUGGAAGGGGAAGCCCUCAGUGAUGGGCAAGAAGUCGUAAAUAUUCAAAUAAAAUAAAAAAUCACAGUGGAUGAGAUCAAGGUACUUGAGCAGGAAUUUUAAUAAUUGCUUAAGUAAUUAAUAACGUAAACGGCGUCUUGAGUUCCUGGCUAGGAAAAUAUGUUGGAAAAUAUAGUGGCUGAACAUCCUGUCCAUCUUUCUGUGUUGAGAAUCGUGUGUUUGGUAAAGAAGAUCAAACCGACAAAUCCAUAAACAAGCCUUUAUUGGAUGAAACAAAAAAAAAACCAAGUCCAUUCGACCGCGAGGUCUCUCUGAGAGAAACAUCUCCUGUAGACAUUGUGCAGUGCUGACACAGGUGCUUAUUUGUGUGAAAGAAGUGUAAAUAAAGUCACUUUUUUUGUAUAAA